AACUGUAAAGGGGAAUGAAAGAUUUCAGCUUCCAACACAUUCGGACCUUGCUCUGGUUUCAUCUGCUCAAUCAUCUCAGAAGAAUUGUUGCAACUUAUAUAUUUCCAAUUCUAGUUAUUGGAAUUGGAUCUAUAUUUGCCUUCGUAUACAGCGUCAACCCAAGAGAUCUUGAAUAUACAGCUGACGAGUUUGAUUUCUCACUUAAAUUUUGUCAUGGGUCCACCAACUUGAGAAACACGCCUCAAAUUUUGAAUCACACAGUUCAAGUAAAAGUAGAUGAUUUAUCAUAUUCAGAUCUCGAUUUCAGAACUAAGACAUUCAUAAACCAGCGAGAUGUCCCCAUCGAAGUUGCGUCAGCUUCUCGGCUACUUUGUCGGCUGGCCACACCAAUUUCAACUCAAAUUACCUUCAGUUACCCUUUCAAAAAAUACAUCGACUCGAGAUACGUAUUCACCAGUAUUGACACUUUUAGUUUCUGUGUGUUUCUGUUCUACUGUAUAUGUCUUUCGGAAUUGUACCAAGAUAGACAGAGAAAAACAGAUGAGCUUCUCUGGUCUCUAGGAGUUUCGAACUCGGAGCAAAUGAUAUCGUGGUACCUCGCAAUAAUCGCUCAAGCAAUGUUCUGGUCAGCUAUCAAUUUCGUACAGCUAGCACCUCAGAUUCAAAGCAUGGCCUCAAGCGUCGUGUUACUUUGGUUUUGCUACUCAUUUGUCUUUUUUGUAACUGCAAUUUUUGCGCUGAUUUCAUCUAAGUUUGUGAAAGGAUGUCUGACGUUUUUGCUCGCAAUUUUCCAAAUGAUUUUUGUCUGGCUUGUUUUGUUUUUGUGGAGCGAACUGCAAGAUAGGAUACCUUACCCUUCAUCAAAAGUGGUAAGAAUGGUGAUUCUUCUACAUCCUAUUGCGCAAGCUAAAAACAUGUUUUUACUAAUUCAAUCGGCAGAGUUCUCCAAACUUGGAGUAACUUUUUCAACGCUUGGCAGUUACUUUAACGUGCCACAGCAGAACUUCUUCGGGAAUACCUUGGAAACGUUCGCUACAAUGUUGAUGCUAUCGAUGCUUGCGUCUUUGUUGUUCCUUGUGGACUUUGAAUCAUUGGCCGAAUCAAUUCUGAGCCGAUUAUUCAAACGAAAAGCGAACAACUCUCAGAUCAAUUUCAGAGAAGUGCACGAGGAAUGUGAAAUGGAUUCUAAGAAACGCGCAAUUGUCGAAGUGAACAGAUUGUCGAUGAAAUAUCCGAAUGGAUUCCAAGCUAUAACAGACGUUUCGUUUUCAAUAUACGAGGGGGAAAUUGUGGGUUUGUUGGGCAAAAACGGAGCGGGCAAAUCGACAACUAUGAAUAUAAUUUCUGGAUUUCAUUCGGCGUCUGCGGGAAGUGUGAAAAUUUGUGGAAUCGAUUUGAAAGAAAACAGAAAAGCGGCUUUGUCCAAAUUGUCUUUCUGUCCGCAAGAUGAUAGAUUCUUUUACCGACUGACUGUUUUGGAGCACUUGCAAUUAAUGUGCUCAUUGAAAGGCGCCAAGUACGAUAAGCAAAGAUGUAGUAGGUUGCUGGACAUUUUGGGUUUGGCCGAUAAGGCUGGUCAAAAACCAAGAAAUCUUUCCGGAGGACAGAAGCGAAGAGUUUGUAUUGCAAUGGCCUAUGCUGCUAACUCGCCACUUAUUAUUCUAGACGAGCCGACUUCGGCAGUUGACGCGGCAACAAGAAAAACCUUGUGGACAUUUUUUCAGACUCAACAAAAACAAAACCCGAAUCAAGCUGUAAUUUUGUGCACGCAUUUCAUGCAAGAAGCCGACGUUUUGUCUCAAAGAAUUGCUGUCAUAUCUGAUGGGUUUUUAAGAGCCAUUGGAAGUUCUUCGUAUCUUAAAUCUUUAUUCGGAGUUGGCUAUACAUUCUUUUACGCACGAAAGUUUGCAAGCAUAGUCAAAGAAAUUGUUCAAAAAUUUUGUAGCAAUGCGCAGUUUCCAGUCAAAGAGGAUCAAGCUUGUUUUCAAAUUGCGACAGAAUAUUCAAGCUGUCUUCCAAUGAUUUUGGACGAACUAGAUAGUCGGAAAAUUGAGUGUAGUUUCAACGCGGCUACUCUCGAAAAUGUCUUCGUGUCGUUAUCAACCAGCCCGGCAGUUUGUGAUAGGUCGUCCUCCAGUUGUCGUGAAAAUGAUGAUAAUGACGAUUUACGUGAACCCGAUAAGGUUGAUACGAGAAAUAGUGACGGAUUUCAACUGAAAAGUAAAUUUCUGGGAGUAUCGAAUAAAAAUUUGAACUGGGCUUACUCGCAACUGCGCUUCGCAGUUUUGGUUGAUUUGCUGCGAAUUUUCAUUCAGAACUUCAAGUUCCUCAUUUCAUUUUCAAUCGCUUUCUUCCUUUUGCCGCAGAUUUUAAUGAUGCUGUGUUUAUUGGACGACGGGUUCGAAUCGUCGGGCAAUGCUUUGAAAAACGGAAAUAUAACUGUAAGUCCGUUCACUUUAGAUUCAAAUCCGAAAAUUGUAUUAUUUGGCGAAGCACCUGAUGAUCAAGUUUCAAAAAUUGGCGUAAUUCUGGAAAGAUCAAAAAUUGAGCUGCUUAAAAAUGUAUCUGAGGAAGAAGUUAUGAGUCGGUACAAAAUUCACCCGACCGAAGUCUUCAAUACGUACCCGUUUUUUCUCAAGUUUAACGACAGUCACCGAACAUUCGACUGUCUAGUCAAUUCGCAUUUUUCCUCAAGUGCUCUUAUGUGUAUUACGUUACUAAUUCAGAUAUAUUCUUCGAACAAAACAGUUGAAAGUUUGAACAUUGCCGCUGAUUUUUUCUACAAUGAAACCGGAAAUGGUGAUGUUGAUAUGGGUGAAGGCUUAGACGAAAACGGAAAGAAUCUUUGCCGGUCCGCUAUUUUUUACUACUUUGCGCCAGUUUUGUACAUGUUUUUGCUGUUCUUUAUAAUUAGAACGGAGUCUAGGAGAAACGAGCAGAACCUCUCACCGUUCCUAAGAGCAAACGGGGCGUUUCCCCUGUUCUCUCUGGCUGUUCGCGUUGCUGGCCUAUUUCUUCUGGCGUUUGCAUUUUUCGCAGCUAUAGUAGUUACUACAGAAGAACGACACUUCAGUCUUUAUUCGAAAACGAUACCAUCGUACGGUUCCUUGGGACUUAUUGUUCUUUUCUGCUUGGCUUUUGUGAGUUUCGCUGUUUUAAUCGCGAAAAUCUUCAACUCAGUUUUGGUCCAACUGAGCUUAACGUUGAUUGUAUACGUUAUUUACAGUCAAAUUUACAUCAGAAAAGAGAUAAGGACCACUUUGAAUGAUCAGUCAAAAUGGUUUUAUCUGCUAACUUACCCUGGAUAUCUAAUACCAACGGGGGGCAUUGGUUUUUUGAAUUCUUUCGACCAGCUAAGUAAUAAAGAUGCGCUUUAUAGCUGGCUAGCACAAUUGACCUGUUACCUGACGUUGGUUGUUUUAAUUGAGUCGCUGAUAAUCCGAGUUUUGGUGAAUCUAGUUGCCGAAAAACUUGGACUGAAUCGUCUAAUUUCGGUCACGCAACAUGACACAGCAGUCGAGGUUACAAAGGUGCAUCACACAUACUACGGUCUAAAUCCAAUUCGAAUCAUCCUCCGGAAAAGCUGCAAAGCGCUACAAGGAAUGAACAUGCGCGUUAAAGAAGGCGAGUGCUACGCGCUAUUAGGAGUGAACGGUGCUGGGAAAAGUACCAUGUUCGAAGUUUUAACAGGCGGAAUCAGGCUACAAAAAGGCCAAGUUUGUGUCUUUGGAACAUCGGUUUCUUCGAAUCCCUGGGGCGUUAUGAAAGAUCUAGGGUACUGUUCGCAAUUGGAUAAAUGCCCUGGAUAUUUGAGGGCUAAAACGAUAGUUUCCCUGUUCGGGACACUUCGUGGAUUGUCGGAAGACGAAGUAAUAAGGCAAAUGCAGUUUAUGGCGAAGGUUCUAGACGUUGAAUCGCACCUGAAUAAGUUUCUGAGCGGAUGCAGUGGUGGUACUAAAAGGAAAGUUUCAACUAUGGUCGCAUUCAUUGGGUUCCCGAAGUUGGUUAUUCUGGACGAAAGCACUACAGGCGUUGACCCGAUAACGAGACUGAGUUUCGGCCGACUGAUCAAAGCAGCUAAAAGCAACGGAUCAACCGUGAUAAUAAGUUCGCAUACAAUGGAAGAAUGCGAGAGUGCAGCGGACACCAUUUGCAUUAUGACGAGAGGAAAAUCGUUCUGCGAAGACACCCCUCAAGCACUGAAAGAGGAGCACGGAAAGUUCUACAGCGUCACCAUCAAAGUCAGUGAGGAAACAGAUACCCGUUCAAAUGUGCACAAAAUUUCAAUGGAGUCUGAUGUUGAUGUGGGUACCAGAAGUAGGAAAGCCAAGAAAGACAACGAUGUUCUGGAUUCUUGUAUCCAGGAACCGGGAACCUCCCAGACACUUUUGGAUGUCGGCGCUCCUCCAAGUUACCAUGGCAUUUCUACUCGUACCUUCGCGGAAACUAACGAUAUAAGGGCAUCUCCAUUGACUGAUUUUGAAUUCAGAGAAAUAUUUCCGCAAGCGAAGUUGCAAUACACAUUUUCAGCCGGAUUGUAUAAACACAUGUUCUUCAACAUACCGAAAGAAACAGUGAAAUUAAGUGCUCUUUUCGCGAGGCUUGACCGACUGAAAAGCGAAAACGCGUUGGCAGAAUGUAUUGUAAAUACAGCUUCAUUAGAACAGAUUUUCAUGCAAAUUGCGCUAGAGGAUGAAUACGGUCAAAAUGCGAACCAGCAGUCGGGCGUAUCUGUUCAGACAUAAAAAAUGGUCGUUUUGGAAGCAUGUAGGACGCUGCAGUGUUAUUGUUUGAUAUUGUCAUUGACAAAACCGAAAUGUCGAGGAUAAGCGUUCGAUUUUGAGAUUGUUUUAUGCUUAAUUAAGUGCUCGUUAUGUGGUGCUUGUUUGAGUGCUUAUUAUGUGCUUGUUUGAGAAUCAGUGAACAUUUUCAAAAAUGGGCAAUUUAAUUGCCAAAGAAUCAAUCAAGUUAGUAUUACGGACUGCUAUGGUGCAUAUUUUUGUGAGAUAAGUUGUUUAGUUUUAUAAUUUAGUAAAAGUCAAAAUGAUCAUUUCGAUCAUCAUAAUAGCUUCGUUACAGUAAUGAAAACGGCUUUCAUUAAAAAUAGAGAUUUAUUGUUUUAUGUAGAAAUUCAAAUUUUUUGAUUCCAG